AUGGCACAAUUAAUCGACGGAAAGGCGAUUGCCGCCGGCAUCCGCCACCAGAUCCACGAACAGAUCGACAUUCUCCAGGCUAAGCACGCCGACUUUGUCCCCAAGUUAUCGAUCAUCCAGGUCGGAGAACGUGAGGACUCAUCCACCUACGUGAGAAUGAAGUUGAAGGCCGCUAAAGAAGCCAACAUCGACUGUGAAAUCAUCAACCUUCCUGGCGACGUCACGCAGUUCGAGUUGUUGAGCCACAUCGAUUCCUUGAACGCAGACAUCUCCGUCGACGGGAUUUUGGUCCAGUUGCCAUUGCCAGAUCAUAUUGACGAGACGGCUGUCACCGCUGCCGUUGCAGCUGAUAAAGACGUUGAUGGAUUCGGACCUUUCAACGUAGGCGAGUUGAACAAAAAGGGCGGGCGCCCUCACUUUGUGCCUUGCACCCCCAAGGGAGUGUUGCAGUUGUUGCAGGCCUCGGGCGUCAAGGUUGACGGUGCUAAUGCGGUGGUGUUGGGCCGCAGUGAUAUUGUGGGUAAGCCCAUGGCCAACUUGUUGACCGACUCCAAUGCCACCGUGUCGGUGUUGCACUCGCACACACCGAUAGAGGAGAUUGCCAAGUACGUGUCGCACGCCGACAUCGUGGUGGCAGCCAUUGGCCAACCUCACUUUGUCCAGGGUCUGUGGUUAAAACCCGGUGCGGUUGUAAUUGACGUUGGUACCAACUUCAUUGCAGAUGCCUCCAAGAAGUCAGGUUCACGCAUGGUGGGCGACUGUGACCCCUCGUGUGCCAAUGCCGCCAGCUUGAUCACCCCGGUACCUGGUGGAGUCGGUCCUAUGACUGUUGCAUCCUUAUUGGAUAACGUGGUGGAGGCUGCAAAGUCGCACUACACCAAAAACACCGUUACUCCCAAGUUCACCAACCCAUUGAAGUUGGACUUGCUCAAGCCGGUGCCGCUGGACUAUGAGAUUUCUCGUGCCCAAGAACCCAAGAAAAUCACCCAUGUGGCAUCGGAAGCAGGGAUUUUGGACCUGGAAUUGGAACCUUUUGGCAGCUACAAGGCUAAAGUGUCGUUGGACCUUUUGAAACGGUUGAAAAACAAGGAUAACGGGAAGUACGUGCUUGUGACCGGUAUCACCCCCACUCCAUUGGGAGAAGGAAAGUCCACCACCACCGUGGGAUUGGCCCAGGCGUUGGGGGCUCAUCUCCAGAAGAAUGUUUUUGCCAACGUCCGUCAGCCCAGUAUGGGACCCACCUUUGGUAUCAAAGGUGGUGCUGCCGGUGGGGGAUACUCCCAGGUGAUCCCCAUGGAUGAGUUCAACAUGCAUGUCACUGGAGAUAUCCAUGCCAUCACCAUGGCCAACAACUUGUUGGCAGCAGCCAUCGACACCAGAAUGUUCCACGAAACCACCCAGAAAGAUGCUCCCUUGUACCGUAGAUUGGUGCCGGCCAAGAAAGGUGUUAGAACCUUCCCCUUGUGCAUGUUGAAGAGAUUGCAGAAGUUGGGCAUCAACAAGACCAACCCAGACGAUUUGACUCCCGAAGAAGUGUCCAAGUUUGUGCGUUUGGACAUCGACCCUGACACCAUCACCUGGAGAAGAGUGGUGGACUGUAACGAUCGGUUUUUGAGAGGAAUCACCGUUGGUGAAGCUCCUAGUGAAAAAGGUAUGACCAGACACACUGGAUUCGACAUCACGGUGGCUUCUGAGUGUAUGGCCAUCUUGGCUUUGGCCAACUCGUUGGAAGAUAUGAGAACCAGAUUGGGUAACAUGGUGGUUGCAUCUUCCAGGUCCGGUGAACCCGUCACCUGUGAAGAUAUUGGGUGUGCUGGUGCCUUGACAGCCUUGUUGAAGGAUGCCAUCAAGCCCAACAUCAUGCAGACGUUGGAAGGAACCCCUGUGUUUGUGCACGCUGGUCCUUUUGCCAACAUCUCCAUCGGAGCCUCUUCCAUAUUGGCCGACAAAAUGGCCUUGAAGUUGGCCGGUACUUCUCGUGACUUGAGUGCUGAGGAAAAACUGCAACAAGAAGGUUAUGUUGUCACCGAAGCUGGGUUCGACUUCACCAUGGGAGGUGAACGGUUCAUUAACAUCAAGUGCCGGUCUUCUGGCUUGGUGCCCGAUUGUAUUGUGAUUGUGGCCACCGUUAGAGCCUUAAAGGUCCACGGUGGUGGUCCUGAAGUCAAGGCCGGUGCGCCCUUGGCUGCUGCCUACACCCAGGAGAACUGUGACUUGUUGAGAGUCGGAUGCUCCAACUUGGGUAAGCAUAUUUCCAAUGCUCGUGCCUACGGUUUGCCAGUGGUGGUGGCCAUCAACAAGAUGUCGUCUGAUACUGACAAGGAACAUGAAAUCAUCAAAGAAGAGGCUCUUCGUGCCGGUGCCAUGGAUGCCAUUGUCUCCAACCACUGGGAAGAAGGUGGUAAGGGUGCCGUAGACUUGGCCCAUGGUGUUAUUGCUGCUUGUAACUCUCCCGACAAGAACUUUAGAUUCUUGUACGACACGGCUCCUAGCGUCGAGGAAAAAAUUGCCACCAUUGCCAGGGAGAUGUACGGUGCUGCCGACGUGGAGUUCUCCCCCGAGGCCCAAAAGAAAAUCGAUACCUACACCAAACAGGGAUUCGGUAACUUGCCCAUUUGUAUUGCCAAAACCCAAUAUUCCUUGUCCCACGACGCAGCCUUGAAGGGAGUCCCCACGGGAUUCACUUUCCCCAUUAGAGACGUGCGUGCCUCCAUCGGAGCCGGGUACUUGUAUGCAUUGGCAGCCGAGAUCCAGACGAUUCCCGGGUUACCUACGCACUGUGGAUUCAUGAAUGUGGAAGUUAAUGAAGACGGAGAAAUCGACGGGUUGUUUUAA